UUUCCUUUAUAUUUCAGUGGAUGAUGUGGGAGAGAAGUUGGAGCAUAUGGGAAACACACCAUUAAAAAUUGGUAGUGAUGGUUCACAAGAAGAUGUUAAAGAAGAUGGAUUUGGUUCAGAAGUGAUAAAAGUAUAUAUAUUUAAAGCAGAGGCUGAAGAUGAUGUUGAAAUAGGUGGGACAGAAAUUGUCACAGAGAGUGAAUACACCAGUGGACAUUCUGUAGCUGGAGUGCUUGACCAGAACCGAAUGCAGCGAGAGAAAAUGGUUUACAUGGCAGUUAAAGAUUCUUCCCAAGAAGAGGAUGAUAUCAGUAAUGCUGAAAUACCAAAUGAACUGUACAUGGAAGUCACUGUAGGGGAAGAGGAAAGAACUCUCCUCGAGAUUCAGCUUGAGAACUCUGAUGUUAAUAAAACAGUUUCCCCUGUUGUCUAUCCUGCAUCAUAUGAUGAAAGAAGAGUUUCGCGAAGAUAUGAAGACUGUCAAGCACCAGGAAACACUUUUGACUCGGCAUUAGAAAACAGAAACACUUCAGCAGCACAGUACCUUCAAAUUUGUGACAGCAUUAACUCAAAUAAAGUGCUUAAACAAAAGAUCAAGAAGAGGAGAAGAGGAGAAACAAGGCAGUGGCAAACAGCUGUUAUAAUAGGUCCUGAUGGACAGCCCUUGACAGUAUACCCUUGUCAUAUUUGCACAAAAAAGUUUAAAUCCAGGGGAUUCUUAAAAAGACAUAUGAAGAAUCAUCCUGAUCAUUUGAUGAGAAAGAAGUAUCAGUGUACAGAUUGUGACUGUACAACUAACAAGAAAGUGAGUUUCCAUAACCACUUAGAAAGCCAUAAGCUCAUAAACAAAGUUGAUAAGGCCCAUGAAUUUACAGAAUACACCCGAAGAUACAGAGAAGCUAGUCCACUGAAUUCAAAUAAACUUAUUUUAAGAGACAAGGAGCAGAAGACACACAAGUGCAAGUACUGUGAUUAUGAAACUGCUGAACAAGGACUGUUAAAUAGACAUUUGCUGGCCGUUCAUAGCAAGAAUUUUCCUCAUGUUUGUGUUGAGUGUGGAAAAGGUUUUCGUCAUCCUUCUGAACUCAAGAAACAUAUGAGAACACAUACUGGUGAGAAGCCAUAUCAGUGUCAGUAUUGUGUCUUCAGGUGUGCAGAUCAAUCAAAUCUGAAAACUCACAUUAAGUCUAAGCAUGGUAACAACUUGGCAUAUAAAUGUGAGCAUUGUCCACAAGCAUUUGGUGAUGAGAGAGAGCUUCAACGCCAUCUGGAUUUGUUUCAAGGACAUAAAACACACCAAUGUCCUCAUUGUGAUCAUAAGAGCACCAACUCAAGUGACCUUAAGCGGCACAUCAUAUCUGUCCAUACCAAGGACUUUCCUCACAAAUGUGAAGUCUGUGAUAAAGGUUUCCAUCGUCCUUCUGAGCUUAAAAAACACAGUGAUAUUCAUAAGGGUAGGAAGAUUCAUCAGUGUAGGCACUGUGACUUUAAAACAUCAGAUCCAUUUAUUCUUAGUGGUCAUAUCCUUUCAGUUCAUACUAAGGAUCAGUCACUGAAGUGUAAAAGGUGCAAGAGAGGGUUCAGACAACAGAAUGAACUCAAAAAGCACAUGAAGACGCAUACUGGAAGGAAGAUUUACCAAUGUGAAUAUUGUGAUUAUAGCACCACAGAUUCAUCUGGCUUUAAACGGCAUGUGAUUUAAAUACAUACAAAAGACUAUCCACACAGAUGUGAGUUCUGCAAGAAGGGAUUCAGAAGACCAUCAGAAAAAAAUCAGCAUAUAAUGAGGCACCACAAGGAGACUCUUAUAUAGUAAGACCAAUAUAAUAAAAGUUAUUUACAAAAUAAGCUACAGUA